AUGUCGGUGCACAUGACGAACGCAGCAACAAGUCUAGACGCACCCGGAACCGCAGUAAGGUUGGGUCUCGAGGAGGUCGUCGGCCCGAAGGCGACCUGGACAUCAGUCGGGUGGCUUCACGUUAUCUGUCGGACGACGGUCGAAGACGUUGUUGGAAAGGCCCGAAAUUAUUAUGAUCAUGUCUUGUGUCUUGCCAAAAAAAUGGCCUCCACCCUCGUCCAACGCUCUCCGGUGUUCGUCGCAAACUCCCGGAAGACGAUGUGGACUGCAUCAGUCAGACUGCUCCACGUGAUGCGUCGGACGACGGUGGACUACAUUGUUGUCAGAGCUCGAAAAAUGGCCCCCUCCCUCUUAAGACGCUUGAUGAUCGUCGUCGCAGACACCCUGGAGGGCAAAAUAAUUUACGCCAGGCUGUUGCCGCGAAUCUCUGGGCUGUACUGCGACGGCCGUACGACCUUUAAUGCUUUAAGAGGACGUUACACCCGUAAUAUUUAG